AUGACUGUUAAGAGAGCCUCCAAGGUCCUCAUUGAAAGAUUCUACCCCAAGUUGACUCUUGACUUCGAAACCAACAAGAGAUUGACUUCGGAAAUCGCCGUCAUCCAAUCGAAGAGAUUGCGUAACAAGAUCGCCGGUUACACCACCCACUUGAUGAAGAGAAUCCAAAAGGGUCCCGUCAGAGGCAUCUCGUUCAAGUUGCAAGAAGAAGAAAGAGAAAGAAAGGACCAAUACGUCCCCGAAGUUUCUGCUUUGGACUUGUCGCACACCAACAACGGCCAAUUGGAAGUCGACUCGGAAACCGCCGACUUGAUCAAGACCCUCGGUUUCAAGAUCCCCGUGCAAGUUGUGUCGAUCUCUGCCCAAAGAGGCCCCAGAAGAUUCGCCAAGAGAAACUAA